UCGCCGCCUCCCCUGCAGCAUCUCUUGGGCAGCUACCAGUGCAGCCGGGAAGAUGACCACCUCUCUCACGGGGAAACGGGAAUGCCGGUCCCUCCCUUCGGCUGCGCCUUUUCUGCAGCCCCGAGUUUGGAGCACGUACUGGCAGUUGCAAAUGAGGAAGGAUUUGUUAGACUCUAUGAUACUGAAGCUCAAACUACCAGCAAACUCAUCUUUAAGGAAUGGCAGGCUCACUCAAAUGCUGUAUUUGACCUUGCCUGGGUACCAGGGGAACACAGAAUUGUCACUGCUUCAGGAGAUCAGACAGCCAAGGUGUGGGAUGUGAGAACCGGCGAGCUUCUUGGCGUAUGCAAAGGUCACCAGUGUAGCCUCAAGUCAGUUGCUUUUUCUAGGUUUGAGAAAGCUGUCUUCUGUACUGGAGGCAGAGAUGGAAACAUCAUGGUUUGGGAUACCAGAUGCAACAAGAAAGAUGGAUUUUAUAGGCAGGUGAAUCAAAUCAGUGGCGCACACAACGUGGUUGACAAGCAGACUCCUUCCAAACCAAAGAAGAGGCAGAACCUAAGAGGACUUGCUCCCUUGGUGGAUUUCCAGCAGAGUGUAACUGUGGUGGUGCUUCAGGAUGAGCAUACUCUUAUCUCUGCAGGAGCUGUUGAUGGUGUGAUUAAAGUAUGGGACUUGCGCAAGAACUAUGCUGCUUACCGUCAGGACCCGGUGCCUUUCAAGUGUUUUUGCUAUCCUGGGACCAGUACUCGCAAACUUGGAUAUUCUAGCCUAGUUUUGGAUUCCACUGGUGCUAAUCUGUUUGCUAACUGCACUGAUGACAAUAUCUACAUGUUCAAUAUGACGAGUUUAAGGACCACUCCAGUGGGAUUUUAUUUUCUUUUUUUUUUCUUCUCACAGUGGCGGGUUUUCGCGGGGGCCAAAAACUCCAUCAAACCCAGCCCCAGCCCAGACGACCAGUUCUUGGUCAGUGGCUCGAGUGACUGCAACGCGUACAUCUGGAAGGUUUCUGAGCCCAGUCUUCCUCCAUGGAUACUCUUUGGUCACUCUCAAGAAGUUACCUCGAUUGCUUGGUGUCCUUCAGACUUCACUAAGAUUGCCACGUGCUCUGAUGACAACACUGUGAGGAUUUGGCGCUUACGACGUUGUCCUGAGGAGGAGAAAUCAGAGUUCAGCAAAAUCAACUUGGUGGGCUGGGUCACUCAGAAGAAACCAGAAGAACGACGUGGAGCGGGACUGCCAGCCAGCCCACAGAGUACUCCUGCCAAGGCCUUCACAGUGGGCAGCCCAUGCAUUUCCUCGCCACAGCCAGCUGCCUGUGCUCCCAGUUAUUCUGGAGACCUUCCUCUUUCCACAAACACUCCGACGGGCACUCUCAAAAGCCAGACGGCUGCAGCCUGCACCCCAGCCAAGCGGAGUGGAGCCAGCCCAUGCGCUUCUCCCAAACUGAUCCCUUCCUCCAAAAUGUCCAUUAAACAUUGGGUUACUAGGACUCUGUGCUCUUCCCCUCCAGAAGUGGGGAAAAAGGUUCCUUCUCCUAGAAAAGCCCUGGCAGAAGUCACACAAGGUCUCCUGGAAGUCGCUUGCCCUCCUAAAGCCCCACACUCGCAGUUUGAAAAGCGGGCCAAGAGAAGGCUUGAGUGCAGCAAGGAGGACAAUGCAGGGCAGAAGUGUCUGCAAGCCUGUAGCUGUGUGACUGAACUGGACCAUACGGCUAAGAAAUCAAAGCUGAAUUUAUGUCAUUUGGCUGCAGACCAAAAAGCUUGUGAUGAAGGCUCUCUCAGCCUAGCUGACUUGGAUAACGACUGCGAAGGCUCCAGCUGCAGCCCAAAAGAGCCUUGUUUUCCUGGAAACCGUAUCAAUCCAUCGGGCAUUCAAACUCCCCCCCGUCUUUUCCGAUCUCCUUGUGGGAAGGACGCUGAGAUAGUAGAUAAAGAGAAUAGUUCACCUGAAAGAAAAAACUGGCUGUCUGCUCUGGGAGAGAAGCUCCGGACUGGCAGAGCUGGCAGCCAGAGUGUAUCAAACAGCGCACCGUCGUCCUGCAGUCCCGGUACCAAACGACAAGAGGCUGUGGCAGUGGCCACGUCGCCGAAAACUGCUGCAACCACUUCAGUUGCCAUGAGGAAGAUCUGCACGUACUUCCACAGAAAGCCACAGAAUGACUGA